AUGAACUUUAGUUUCGAGGACCCUCCGCUGUGGCGUUGGGACUGGGAGAGCUUGUGCGGCCCGGGAGGUUUAAAAAUAUGGUCACCCCAGCGGCACGACUUGGGACUGUGCUUCCAGCAGCUGUACCUCCAAAUCCCAGUUCUUUCUCUUUUUGCUUGUUGUUCGGCGUAUUAUUUCGGCCGUCACUCGGGUUACGUUACUCGAGGACGGGUUCAACUUUAUUCCAUCAAUUUCCGUUGCUUUAUUGCCCUGUGUUUAGCACUGCUUCCUUUAUUACAAAUUUAUGUGGACUUGAAUGUUACUCAAGACCAGAUUUAUUAUAUCUCGUAUUUUUUGUCGGCGGUGCAAGGCAUCACCUGGUUUUGCCACUUCGGGUACACCUUGGUGUUAAGGAAGCGAUUGGGUUUGAGUCCCAGAGGGCCGGUUUUUGUGUGCGUUCUAUGGACGCUAUUGUUCGUUUUAAACGUAGUUUCCGUGAGGAGUCAUGUACUUAUCUAUAAAUACACGAUUAGGCCGAGUUAUAGCAUCUAUUUAGCUUACGCCUUCAGUAUUUGCCAGCUUAUCUUCCAGAUCGUCUAUGCCUUCACUCUCAUUCCUAGCGAAGGGUCCACCACCUAUCUCAAUUUCGCCGAUAGGUACACCGAGAUAGGAGAGUCACAGGCGCUACUUGGCAAUGCCUACAUCCGCUUCACCGAAGAGGGUGAUCCCAGUUAUUUGGGGGUGGCGAUGGAGAACGUCACUUGGCUCUCUAAAUUAUUAUUCUAUUGGGUCAAUCCCUUAAUGGAAAAGGGUGUGCAAGGCAAGCUGAGUAAUUCAGAAGACUUGUACGAUUUGCCUUUUUCCCUAAAUUGCGGUACAGUCAGCACGAAAUUAGACAAGGCGCUCACCGGUAACGUUGACGAAAUAAGAAAGCGAUUAAAUGUGUCAGAUCGGCAUUUCACCUCAUCGAUUUCGAGCCAUUCAACACCCACUUCGCCAGACGUUACUUUUAUUGGAGUUAAAAGACACAAUGUGUCGUUAUUCAAGGCACUGCAUAAAUGUUUUUGGGUGCAAUUUUACAGCGUCGGUGCUUUAAAAUUUACAGCGGAUUGUGCCGGCUUCGCCGCCCCGAUGCUUUUAAACAGGCUAGUCAAUUUCAUUGAAAAUAAAUCGGAAGACAUAAAAUGGGGCUAUUUGUACGCAUUCUUGUUGAUGCUGGUGACGUUAAUCUCGUCGUUUUGCGAUUCGCACUUUAAUUUUUGGAUGGCGAUGGUGGGGCUGAGGAUGCGUGGGGCUCUAGUUACCACGAUUUACAGAAAAACACUAACUGUGAGCGGAACCGUUUUAAAUUCCGCCUUUUCAGUCGGCGAAAUCGUAAAUUUCAUGUCGACAGACACGGAUCGUAUCGUCAAUUCGUGCCCGAGCUUCCAUGCUCUCUGGAGUAUUCCAUUUCAACUAGCGGUUACUUUAUACUUGUUGUACAGCCAAGUGGGUCUAGCGUUUGUGUCAGGUGUUUGCUUCUCCGUGCUCCUAAUUCCCAUCAAUAAACUAAUCGCCAAUAAGAUCGGAAGCCUCAGCACACUCCUAAUGAAAGAAAAAGACGCCAGAGUUAAGAUGAUAACAGAAGUUCUGAGAGGGAUUAAGGCCAUUAAAUUGUACGUUUGGGAGCAGCAUUUUCUCCGCCUUAUCACAAAAUUAAGGGACAAAGAACUGAAAUACUUAAAAGGCCGGAAAUAUCUUGAUGCGCUGUGCGUAUAUUUCUGGGCCACUACCCCUGUUUUAAUUUCAAUUCUCACAUUUGGAACUUACGUGCUAAUGGGAAAUAAAUUGACUGCGGCCACUGUCUUCACGGGUAUUGCCUUACUGAAUAUGCUCAUCAGUCCCCUGAACGCCUUUCCUUGGGUGCUUAACGGACUUACCGAAGCGUGGGUGUCUAUCAAACGGAUACAAAGACUGCUAGACUUAGAAGAUUUAGAUUUAGAAUUAUUUUACAACGAAACUCUGUUAGAGUCAAGCCAAAACACUGAUAUUAUAAUAGAAGACGGUACAUUUAAUUGGGGAAAAGAACUAACUACCGAAGAAAAAACCCGUUUACACACCACUCAAACCAAAAAAGCGUCCAAAGGCAAAGGUAAAGGAAAACGAACAACGAUCCGACCUGAUCCCAUCGAACCCGCGGACCCUAACACCGCAUUUUUACUUUCCGCCAUAAAUCUGAAAGUCAAGAAGGGCGAAUUCGUGGGCGUGAUCGGUUCCGUCGGCUGUGGCAAAUCGUCCCUCCUUUCCGCCAUUCUCGCCGAACUGUCAGUGCAACAGGGUGAAAUCGCGGUAAGCCAAGUGGAGUCAGGUUUCGGCUUCGUCACGCAACAGCCGUGGCUCCAGAGAGGCACCGUGCGGGAAAACAUCCUGUUCGGCAAAGCUUUCGAAGAUAACCGCUACAAAUCGGUUUUAUUCGCAUGUGGUUUAGCCGAAGACAUUUAUUUGUUGCCAGCUGGCGAUUUGACUGGUGUGGGAGAGGGCGGCAUGACUUUAUCUGGCGGACAGAAGGCGAGGGUGGCGCUCGCUCGAGCCGUUUAUCAGGACAAGGCUGUUUACCUGCUCGACGAUAUCUUAUCCGCAGUGGACGUCAAAGUUGCUAAGCAUAUCUUCCAGAAUUGCAUCAUGGGGUUGCUGAAGGACAAAACACGGGUUUUAUGCACCCACCAUGUAAAUUAUUUGGUGCACGCUGAUAAGAUUGUGUUAAUGGAGGGUGGCGUUAUCAAGCAGCAGGGGAAGCCGGCGGAUGUUUUGGCGAAUAUGGACGAUAUGUUGCCCAUCGAGUUGGAGCUGGGGGAAAGUACUCAAUCUUCUCUAAGUUCGUUGAUGGACAGCGUGAAAUUGGACAGUACAGGCGAGGAAGACAGAGAUAGUUUGCUUUUAGAUGAAGUUAGCGAAACUGGUACUGUGGAAUUUAACGUCUACGUCACGUACUGGAAGGGUAUGGGGCAUGCUUUGGCUUUCAUGAUUUUGUUAUCUGUGUCCAUGAUGCAAACGUCCAGAAAUAUGACGGAUUGGUGGUUGGCUCGGUGGGUUAGCGACUCAGAUCCAAGUAAAAAUUGGAGUACAUUUUUUGAUGAUGAAUUAAAUGAAGGACACUAUUUCGACGGUUAUUCUGAUAGUUCCGCCAUGAAUUACUACUUAAGAAUUUACAUAGAACUUGCAUGUAUAAAUACAGUUUUUACGAUGAUUAGAGCGUUCUUGUUUGCGUAUGGAGGAAUUGUUGCAGCGUCGAAAAUACAUAAGUUGCUGUUAAAAUCCGUUUUGAAAGGGAAGUCUACGUUUUUCGAUGUGUCCCCGAUCGGUAGAAUUCUCAAUAGGUUUUCGAGCGACACAUACACCGUUGACGAUUCUUUACCCUUUAUAGUUAACAUUUUGUUGGCGCAAUUCUUCGGACUUUUAGGAACCGUUGUCAUUACCAUUUACGGUUUACCCUGGAUCUGUCUGGUGCUAAUUCCACUCGUCCCUGUCUAUCACUGGUUACAGUAUAAUUACAGGCUAACAUCAAGAGAGCUAAAACGAAUUUCUAGCGUUACACUUUCGCCGGUUUACAGCCAUUUUAAUGAGUCAUUGCAAGGUUUAACGACAAUUCGUGCAAUGCGAGCAACUCAGCGUUUCAAGCGCGACAAUGAGGAUAAUGUGGAUGCCAAUAUCAAGGCACAAUUUGCCAGUCAAGCGGCAGCUCGAUGGCUGGGCCUGAGACUUCAGUUUAUUGGGGUCGCAAUGGUUGCGGGAGUCAGUUUUAUUGCUAUCAUUCAGCAUCAAUAUGAUGUCGCAGAUCCAGGUCUUAUCGGGUUGGCUUUGUCGUACGCGCUGUCUAUAACUUCUGCACUAAAUGGCGUAGUUAACGCGUUUACCGAAACAGAAAGAGAAAUGAUUUCUGUGGAAAGAGUUAAUCAGUACAUUAAAGAAAUACCCCCUGAAAGCACUCAUUUCGUUAUCGAUCCGCCUUUCGGCUGGCCAAGCCAAGGAGUUAUAACGUUCAAGAACGUCGUUCUGAAGUAUAGGGAGCACUUACCGCCUUCGUUAAGGUUCGUCUCGUUUGAAACGAGGCCGUCGGAGAAAAUUGGUGUAGUUGGAAGAACUGGCGCUGGAAAAAGCUCGCUCCUAUCAGCACUUUUUCGAAUGGUUGAGCUUUACUCAGGCUCAAUUUCAAUUGAUUCGGUCGAUAUUUCGAGGGUUUCUUUGCAGUCUUUAAGGUCUCGUUUGUUUUGUAUUCCCCAAGAGCCGUUUCUCUUCAGCGGAACGUUAAAGGAAAACCUUGAUCCUUUAGGCGAAUUCAGAGACAGCGAGAUGUGGGAUGCUUUAAAUAAAGUCAAUUUAUGUGAUACAAUUAAGAGGUUGGGUGGAUUGAAUAAUAUUGUUGUUGGAGGCGGGGCGAAUUUUUCCGUUGGGCAAAAACAAUUGAUUUGUUUGGCGAGGGCUGUUUUACACAACGCUAAGAUACUGUGUAUUGACGAAGCGACGGCUAACGUCGACCACGAGACUGAUCGGCAAAUUCAGCAAACGUUAAGAUCCGCUUUUAGAAAAAGCACCGUAUUCACGAUCGCCCAUCGAGUUCAAACUAUUUUAUAUUGUGAUAGAGUUCUGGUAAUGCAUGAUGGACAAAUCGCAGAGUUCGAUCAACCAGAUAAUUUACUCGCAGAGCCAAACUCCCUGUUUUAUCAGUUGGUUAAUCAAGAUUAAAAAAUUAUUUUUACGUAUCGCUUUGUGUCUUAUUUAUAACGUAUUUUAUAAUAAAACUGUAAUACAGC